CAUAAGAAAUGAAAAUAACUUUCUAAUAUUAGUCGUAGGCAUGUGUACGUUGUUUGAGAGUCCAGUCAAUCCCAUGGUGGCUGUAUUAUACAAGGAAUGCAAAGAGGAAUGUAAAUUCACCGACAAAUCAGAUUCAGACUUUCUGCUCUUCCUUCUCAAUUCUGCUGUCAGAAUUCUUAAUGUUGUGAAAGAUUUCUCCCCGUUGUUAGAAGUCACAACUGGAAUGUCUUCUCCCUUGGAUUCUACAGAGACAUUCCUGGACAAAACAAACCAAUCUGGCGCAGAUAUUUCAUCAUGUGAACCAGGAACUGUAGAUACCAGCAGGAUAUCUGAAUACGAAGAUGUUCUGCUGGACAAAAUAGAGAAGUCCUCCGACAUGGAGACACUACAAAAGUACAUAGACAAAGUACAGCGCAGUUUGGAGGAAUUGCCCCCUCUGAACGAGAGCUCAAGUGCAAAUCAGGACGGGGAGAACCAAUCAGAUGAGGCUGAUGAUCAAGACAUUGAAGGAGACUCCAGCAGAACUAAAACACCCAGUGAUGCAAAUGAGAGCGAAGGUACUGAUGUUAACGGGACAAUGAAUUCGGAGGACAUAUUGACUGACGCUAUCUCAGAGAUCUCAGAAAUUCUAAACAAAGCAAAUUUUGACGAGGACCUGAGAAAACUGACAGGUAUAAACCCUUUAUCCAGAUCUGAUGGAAACAAUUUUUCGUGCACCAUCUGUUUCACUCACUUCAAAAAUCAGAGAAACCUCAGUAGGCACAUAAGACUUGGUGUCUGUCUUGAGAAGAACUUCAAUUGUAAGCUGUGUGACCAUUCAUUUGCAACAGAGUACGGACUGAAAAGGCAUCUCAGCCGAACCAUGUGCAAAAAACGUGCUAUUGAAGAAAAUACAUCGCUUAGCCCCAACAAGGCGGCUAAACUAGAAGAAGACUCAAUCAUUCAAGCGCAAUUCAUCUGUGACCUCUGUAACUAUUCGUUUGCAACUAAAGCUGCGCUGACUCAACAUGCCAGCUCCACCAAGUGUGAUAACAAUCGUCUCCAAGGGUUAGCCUCCAAGGAAUCCAAACCACCGGGUUUCUUUCAAUGUCCCCACUGUAAAUCGACUCUUGCAUCAAAAGCUGGGCUAGCAAAGCAUCUGAAGAGAGCUCAGUGCAGGGUGUACCAGUGCCCGUACUGUACCAAAUCAUUUCGGUACCUCCACGAAGUUCGUACUCAUCGGAGACUGGAACAUAAAGACUCGGAUGAGCUGAACACGUCUGUUGCAAGGAACUUUUUCAACAAUAUGGGAGGGGUGCCAACCAUGACGUAUGCUACCAACAUCUUGAAUAACAUCAGCGCUUUACCGUAUUUGAGGGGAAGUCAACUCGACAUGGCAGCUCACCAAUGCAAGGUUUGUAGCUAUGCUGGCACGUGCAAACGCUCCCUUGAGAACCAUAUGAGAAUGCAUGUAAGGCAAUUGAAAGCCAUCGGUGACAACGAAAAAUGUACCCAAUGCGACUUUACUUCAGACGACCAAAAUGAUCUGCUAAAACACUACAUUAAUAAACACCCGGGCCUUCCUUACUUCAAGAUGGCUCCAAAGGGCACUUUCAUUGUCAGGUCAAACAGGAUGACCGAACCAAAAGUGGAAGGAUCAGCCGAGAUAAAAGCAGAACAUACCACAGAGAGCCCAGAGGGGGGAGCUGAAGAGGAUAAUACGGGCACAUCUGAUGAAAGUGAGAGUAUUGAUGAUUCCAAGGUAGAAGUGGCAUUACCGUUGAAUGACAAUGAAUCUGAGGAGAUAGAUUGUGUUUCUUUGAACAGUCAGUGUAUUAGAGAAUCUUUAGAGGGUGACACUGAAAUUCCGUGCGAUAUUGUAUGAGUUUUUGGAAUGGAGUUCAUCUUGGGUUAAAUAAAAGCUUACAUUCUAUAGUUCUGCACUGUAGCUGAUUUUUGAUUUUGUUCGUGAUGUUUUGACCUGAAUUCAGCUUUGUUGACAUAAAAGCUAAUGUGUUUAUAAUUUAUAGGUUCUAGAUCUUUAGACUUCAAGAACUAUGAUAUGGGUCUCAUUAAUGAUGCAGACUGCAGAGGGGCUAAAAGUUAACGAUAAUAUCAUGUAUUAAAUUUCAUUAUUUUGUAUAUUAUGAUCUUGCAACAUGUUGUGCGACCCUACAAAGCUUAGAGAAUUAAGUGUAAUAAACAUAAGUAAUAUGUAUUAGAGUGGAGACCAUCAUUAUAUCAGAUUUAAUUGUGGACAAAUUUAAUUUGAGUGAGGAUAUUGUUAUGACUUACAUCGAUCAUCUUGAACUUAAGUCAGAUUUUCAUACUGUACAAAAGUUUGAAAAUCAGAAGCAUAAAUUGUUUGUAUGGCUUGGGUAACUGUGUGAAUCUAAUUGUAUUUGUUUAAAGGCAUGAUGUUCUUGUUUACUGCCCUCGUGUGAAAGUAAAUCCCACCACGUGUAAGCGUGUGUCACGUGUAAGCACGUGUCACGUGUAACCGUGUGUCACGUGAUUAAUAUGUAACCCCAGUAAUUUGUUAUUUCUAUUAUAUUAUAAUGAUACCUAUUCUUAACAGUUUUUUAUUGUUUUUAAUGUUUUAAUCAUUUCCCUAUUUGUUUAAACAGAUUGAUUAUUGCUGGAAGUUGUGCUGUAAUAAUUUUUCUUAUUAUAUAACAUAUUAUAUAAUAUACAAUGCAGAGUAACUAUGAUUGCUAGGUUCACAUUGUGACUAGUUGGGUGUAUGUUACAUUAUCAUGUUCAUAGUGAUUCCUUUGACAUGUAACUAUGUAAAGCUUACUCUUUUAAUAAUUAGUGAGUUUCAGUGGAGUGAACAAUUUUGGACCAGACGAACUUAUUUCAAUCAAAACGACUACAUUCCCUACAUUCUUUACUGUGAUAUAAUUGAAUAAGUGUGAGUAUUUUACUCAAUCCAGUUUAUAUUUUGAUUUGUCGAUAGUGAUACUGGUCUGUAAUUUGAAAUUUCAAUCUUUUGGACAGUUAAAAUGAACUGUUAAGUGAACACUAUGUAAAGUUUAUGAACAAAAUUACGGAAUUUCAAAUUAGCUUUGUAUUUUCACAGCUUAAUUUCAUUCGGUACAAACUUUAAAUAUUCAGUUGAUGCUACCAAAACAUUUUAAAUAGUUAAAUCAACAUCAGGGUUGAAGCGUGUCAACAUUUUUCAACGGGAAAAUCACGCAUAUAAACUGAUUUCAGUAUUGAGAUAUUAUUAACAUGAUAUUAUUAUGUGCCUGUUCCAAUUAUUUAAAUUCGUGCUUUACAUUCGAUGAAACUUGUUUUUCUCA